AUGGGAACGAGCUGCCCGAAGCCAGACACCAAGCCGGCCAUCUACCUUCUGCUAAGGAGCCUGCUGCUGAACUUCAGCGAAGCUUGGUUCCAGGAGUCCAUCCAACAGCUGCAGCGGCGUGCCGAUGCCCCUCGCUGCGGUCGCACAGAUCCCGAUGGCUACUACCACCUCGCCGGUCGCGCCGAGCUGGCGAUGCAGGUACAGAAGCUUGUUCUUCCCCAUUUUGGCUUCGAGGCUACGAAGGAGGGGGUGGCGGAUAUGAUUCGGCACUGCGCCGCGUUUCUCUCCGAUCAAGACGUUGCUCACCUUUUCGAUGCCAUUAACAAGAAGCUGGGCAUGUCCCCGGCUGCGUGCCAACGCUUCCGGCGCUUGGCUGCGAGCCUCGAG